GUGGAUUUGACAGGCCCUUCGCUUCCCGCUGAGUCAAAAAAAAUGUUUUCGAUCUCCUCCCCUUCUCUUAGCUUCUUCUUCGUUCCGCCCAGCCACCCGGCACUUCAUUCAUACACCUUCCCCGGCUUUCUUUUUUUCGUACCUUCUUUUACCUCUUUUCCCUUAUUCUUACCCUCCACAUAAUGUACCACUUGGCCAAAGCCUCUCGUUCGCACGUUGUCCCCACCUUGGCUCGCCGUAACGCUGGUGUCCUCUCCAGCAUGGCCCGCUCGUACAGCUCGGGUGGUGUCAGCGGCCCCGUCAUUGGUAUCGAUUUAGGUACCACCAACUCUUGCGUCUCCGUAAUGGAAGGCAAGAACCCCCGUGUUAUUGAGAACGCUGAAGGUGCCCGUACUACUCCCUCUGUCGUUGCAUUCACCAAGGAUGGUGAAUUGUUGGUUGGUCAGGCUGCCAAGCGUCAGGCUGUCGUCAACCCCCAGAACACUGUUUACGCCACCAAGCGUUUGAUCGGUCGUGAUUUCACCGAUUCCGCUGUCCAGGCUGAUGUCAAGGCUGUCUCUUACAAGAUCGUUCCCCACAACAACGGCGAUGCCUGGGUUGAGGCUCAGGGUAAGAAGUACUCUCCCUCGCAGAUCGGUGCCUUUGUCUUGGGCAAGAUGAAGGAAACCGCCGAAGGUUUCUUGGGCAAAAACGUCAAGAAUGCCGUCGUCACUGUCCCCGCCUACUUCAACGAUGCUCAGCGUCAGGCCACCAAGGACGCUGGUAAGAUUGCCGGUUUGGAUGUCCAGCGUGUGAUCAACGAGCCCACCGCUGCUGCCCUUGCCUAUGGUUUGGACAAGUCCGGUGACAAGACCAUUGCCGUCUACGAUUUGGGUGGUGGUACCUUUGAUAUAUCUAUCUUGGAGAUCCAGAGCGGUGUCUUUGAAGUCAAGUCGACCAACGGUGACACUGCCCUUGGUGGUGAAGAUUUCGACUCGCACUUGGUCCGCUAUGUCUUGGAGGACUUCAAGAAGGAGUCUGGUUUGGAUUUGAGCAAUGACCGCAUGGCCAUCCAGCGUAUCCGUGAAGCCUGCGAGAAGGCCAAGAUUGAAUUGUCCUCGACCGUCCAGACCGACAUCAACCUUCCCUACAUCACUGCCGAUGCCUCUGGCCCCAAGCACAUCAACUCCAAGUUGACCCGUGCCAAGUUUGAGGGUAUUGUUGGCGGCCUCGUCCAGCGCACCGUCUCCCCUUGCGAGAAGGCCUUGAAGGAUGCCGGUAUCUCCAAGCAAGAGGUCGGUGAUGUCAUUUUGGUCGGUGGUAUGUCGCGUAUGCCCAAGGUCAUGGAGACUGUCAAGACCGUCUUUGGCCGUGAGCCCAGCAAGUCUGUCAACCCCGACGAAGCCGUUGCCAUGGGUGCUGCUAUCCAGGGCGGUGUCUUGGCCGGUUCGGUCACCGAUAUUCUUUUGCUCGACGUCACCCCCUUGUCCCUCGGUAUUGAAACCUUGGGCGGUGUCUUCACCCGUUUGAUCAACCGCAACACCACUAUCCCCACCAAGAAGGCCCAGGUCUUCUCUACUGCUGCCGAUGGCCAGACCCAGGUCAACGUCCGCGUCUUCCAGGGUGAGCGUGAGCUCUGCCGUGACAACAAGCUGUUGGGCGACUUCAACUUGACCGGUAUUCCUCCUGCCCCCAAGGGUGUUCCCCAGGUCCAGGUCGAAUUCGACAUUGAUGCCGAUGGUAUUGUCAACGUCAGCGCCAAGGACAAGGCCACCAACCGUGACCAGAGCAUGACCAUUGCUGCCUCGUCUGGCUUGAGCAGCGACGAAAUCGAAAACAUGAUCCAGCAGGCUGAGGCCAACGCCGAGGCUGACCGUGCUCGUCGUGACACUAUCGAGAUGGCCAACCGUGCCGACUCUGUCAUGAGCGAAACCGAAAAGGCCAUGGAUGACUUCAAGGAGCAGUUGGACAAGGCUGAGGCUGAGAAGCUCAAGAGCCAGAUCACUGACUUGCGUGCCGAGGCCAUCAAGGCCCAGUCUGGUGAUGCCGCUAUCGCCCCCGAGGAACUCAAGGCCAAGAUCGAUGAGCUCCAACAGAGCAGCUUGAAGUUGUUCGAGAUGGUCUACAAGAACCGUGCUGCCCAGAGCGAAGGUGGUGCUGCUCCCAACAACGAUUCGGGCUCCCAGCAGCAGUAAAUUCUCCCUUUAAAAACUUCCAUGUACACACACCGCACAACCCAUAACACAGACAUUUUUUAUCAACAACUACAUCAUCCCGCACUCAUAUAUACAAUAACACGCCGUCUGCCUCUCUCAAAUUCUUUUCCCUAUAAAAAAGCAUGUAGAUUUUUUUUUCGUUUUUUUUAACAAAAAAUAGACCGUUUCUUUUGUGAAUAGUAAAAUACCAACCCACCCCACUCCACUUAUAAUCUUUUGUAAAUGUUUAAAAGCAAUACGAAUUGAGUAAAAUAUACAUCACAUUCAACA